AUGCACCUGCCGGGCUGCGCACCCACGAUGGCCGACGGCAGCUUCUCGCUGGCCGGCCACCUGCUCCGCAGCCCGGGCGGAAGCACCUCGCGGUUACACAGCAUCGAGGCCAUCCUGGGCUUUACCAAGGACGACGGGAUCCUCAGCGCCUUCCCGGAGCAGGGCGCUCGGGGCGGGAAGGAGCGCGAGAGGAGGCUGGGCGCCCGGCCCGCCUGCCCCAAGGCGCCUGGGGGAGGCCCCGAGCCUACCCCGCCACCAGCCCCGGCGCCCGCCCAGGAGUAUGAAGCCCCUCGCCCCUACUGUCCCAAAGAACCCGGGGAGGCCCGGCCGAGCCCAGGGCUGCCAAGUGGGCCAGCCACCAGCGAGGUGAAGCUGUCGGAGGAAGAGCAGCCCAAGAAGAAGCACCGGAGGAACCGCACGACCUUCACCACCUACCAGCUGCACGAGCUGGAGCGAGCCUUCGAGAAGUCCCACUACCCCGACGUGUACAGCCGCGAGGAGCUGGCCGGCAAGGUCAACCUGCCCGAAGUCCGCGUCCAGGUGUGGUUCCAGAACCGACGGGCCAAGUGGCGGCGGCAGGAGAAGCUGGAAGUGUCGUCCAUGAAGCUGCAGGACUCGCCUCUCCUCUCCUUCAGCCGCUCGCCGCCCUCUUGCGGCCCUGGCUUCGGGGACAAGUUCCCGCUGGACGAGGCGGACCCCCGCAACAGUAGCAUCGCGGCGCUGCGCCUGAAAGCCAAGGAGCACAUUCAGGCCAUCGGGAAGCCGUGGCAGGCCCUCUAGUGGCACCGGGACUGUCCUGGGAGCCGACCCCGAGCCGCACUUCUUGAAUCUGCACCCUCUGCCCCCCGGUGUCUCCCCUUGGCCACUUUCUUCGUCCUUCCUGCAAGCCAGGCUUCCGUCCGGGACUCGCGCCAGCUCCAGACGCUCUGCGGAGGGCCGGCUCUCAGGCCUAAGCAGGCCGGCUCCCCUGAGGCCCCGACGGACCCCCAGCCCUGCUACGGAAGGGGAAGGAGCUGCUGGCGGGCUGGUUAUGCUGUCUACAUCCUCGACCGCGCCGGAACCUCCAGGCACAAGGGACCAAAGCUCCUGACCUUGACCUUUCCCAGGCAGCUUGGCGACCUAGAUAACCAUAAAGAGCGAGGCAGAUGAAGAAGAAAAAUAGAGUUUGAAGAACUGUUUGUAUCAGUAGUUUCAAAGUGUU